AGAAAAUGGGUCGUCAAGGUAGUCUUGCUCUUCUGCUUUCCAUUAUUCUUAUCGGUGAAACAAUUGCCAACGAAUACGAUGGUUUGAGUUCCCACCAAUCCCACCAAUCAACUGUCACUUCUGCUCCAAUUCAUGUUUCCGAGCAACAAACUUCACGCAAUCGUCCCUACAAUCAACCACAGCUGCAACAGAAACCAUCCGUCCUCACUCAAUCCUACCAAGUUCUACCAGAAUCUAGAAACUACUAUCAAUAUCCACAGUAUCUUCCAACUCAUACUGGUUAUUCCAACAUUCAAACUGUAGGCCAACCAUAUCAAAUGUACGGGUCAGCCCCUGGCUCAAAUGUAGUGUCUGGUGGAAAUUCGGAAAGUUACGGAUACAAUCAACAAGCUCCCGUUCCAACAGUUGCACCAGCUCCAGUUCAUUUUUCUGAACGCCAACGUUCGUAUUCUGCUGCACCAACUCCUCCAUCUCCAUUUUCUGAAACCCGUGAGCGCGAAAACAACAAUGUCCGAGCUCCUGGACAUCACGCCCCAGCUCAACAAGGACAUAGAUCACCAUCUCCACCACCUUCUCCAUUCAUGAUCAACCCAAAACCAGUUCUCUCUUAUGGAGCAGCUAAUCCAUUCCUUGCAAAUUUGCCCCCAGCUCAAGGUGUAUAUGGUGCUCCAAUCGAUUCUUCUCACAGAGGUUAUGAUGGAUUUUCUUUGUCAGCACCUGCACCUCCAUCGGGUUCGUCAGCCUCUGUCGAUGACACCUGGGAAGCACUGGAAGCAUCUCUGGACGCAAACACCAGAAGACGUCAUCGUAUUUUCUAAAAACCCCAUGUUCCUAAUUGAACUUUCUUUUCUGUAAAAAGGAGAUUUUUUGACAAUAAAAAUUCAUACUAAUUGU